AUGAAUAAGCAGCAAAUUUUCAUAUUUUUGGGUUUUGUCGAUUUUGUAAUCGCGGAAGAUUCAAUUGUGAUCAAAUAUUUUGGGUAAGUUGCUCGAACUCAAUGGAAACUUAGAUACUAAAUUUCAGAAGUUGGUGUGUUCUUAUCGGUUUGGUUGUUUUCACUGCGCUUGUUGGAGUGGCUUUAGCUUAUGCAUGUUACAUUGAUAUAAAACACUGGAAGAGAAGUAUUGGUAAGAUCUAAAAUUCCAAUGUAGAGUUCCUAAAUCAUCUUCAGAUCUGAAAGCUCAAGAAGAUCUACCAAAGGCAAGACGAGAAGAUUUCAUAUUCGAUAAAUUUGUAGAAAAUCAGACACAAGCUGAGACAACAAAAUCGAGAAGUGUUGAUCGAACCGAAAAACAAGUUCGAAUUAUUAAUGGUAAUUUUCUAUGAACUUUCUAAAACAAAUUGGCGUUUCAGCAAUUUAUACUUCAUCGAAUCGCGAACCACCGAAGAAUUUGAAAAUUCGCAGUGCGGAAAGAAAUACAACCAAACUUGAGACUAUUUCGGAAACUCAACAAUCUACCAAAACUGAAUAA